AUAAGAAUCUGAUUGACCGCGUGUAAACUAGUCAUUGGAUUUGGUAACAUUAUAAAAGAAUUAGGAGGAUAAGUGAGACGUUCGUCAUCAACGUUAUUAAGAUUUUGAAACCGUCCAUUAGUUAGUUUUAGGUUGAUCGACACAUUGGACCUAUCGACUUGGCCCACUAUAAUUUAGCCCAUACCUUUUUGAGCCCAACUAGUCAUUGGUCUUCUUCCGGCUAUAAAUAGCAACUAGAUCAUCGCCAUUAGCAUCAUUCAAUCAACUCACUCUUAAACUCAAAACAUUCCAAAGGCAUCUAAAUUCGAGAAUGAGUGCAUCCUCCUCCAGAGAAUCUACCUCCGCCGCCGGAAACUUCAAAGUGGAGAUAAAAGAAUACGGUGGAGGUAAAGGACCAGUCCGGUAUUUUUUUGAUGAGGAUUCGUGCAUUGCAAGGGUAGAUGUUCCGGGUUGUUCAAGAUUUUCCAGUGUUCACCCAUUGGAGAAAACCAACGUAGGGUUUCGAACAGAAGAAGUAGACGAGAACAACAACCCCUUACGCACAUACUCCGGCUUCGUCAAGUUCCCAACUGUUUACGAUCCGAAGAAUGCUGAACUUAAGGUUGAUAGUGGCGUGCUCUGGGUCACCGUUCCUAGGAAACAACACCGCCAAGGUUAAUCAAGAAGAAUACCGUACGAUGCUGUUUAAUUAUGUCGUAUUUAAACUAGAAUAAUAAAAAUCUGUUUGGACCAUGCAUGGUCGGUGUUGUCAGGGUUUCUCUAUAAUCGAUGUGUGCAGUCUAUUGUUAGGGUUUCAUAUGGUGUGUCGCUAGCUGUUACAUCCAGCAAGCUUAUUUAUCUUUUAUGGUUAUUAAACUCUUCUGCUUGUUUUAUCAUAUAAUUAAUAAAAAAAAUAUUAAAAAUUAACCGUAAAUAAAUUAAAGUUCAAGAAUUUCAUCCACCGUCAAUUCAUUGUUAGUUUCUCUCAGCGUCUCUAAAUGCUUUAAGUCGUGUGACUUUUGAAAAAAGAACAUUUACGCUGCGUUUGGAAGUAUAGAUAUAGUUCUAUUUUUGGAAUGGCUGAGUAAUGACUAAGUGGGAGAAAUUUCGAAGCUUUACCAUUUGCACAGAAAGAAUCUUUGACAUUUGAAAAUUGGUUAAAAAUAAUUGAUAACGAAAUUUGCAUUACAACUCAGUGCUAAUGACAAAAGGGAAAAGAAACAUUAGGUUGUUAUUCUCUUACAAAUAUCUGAAAAUUUUAAGAGUUAAUUAGAUGUUUUACUUAGUCAAAUUUAAAGGGAAAUUAAAUUGCAAGGAUUGAAUUUCGAAGAUGUCUAUUUGUAGAAGGAGUAAGCAAUAAGUUUAAUGGGUUUAUAAAGAAAGGAAAAUAUUCCUUCUACCAUAUGA